AUGAAUGAAACAAAAUUAUGUCGAUUAUUUAGUACCUAUGGUACUAUAACAAGCUGUAAAGUAUGUAGUAAAAUUAUAUUAAUUAAAAUCAUAAUUAUUCUCUUGUUAUGUCGACAGAUUCAAACAGAUAAUAACGGUCAAUCUAGAGGAUUUGGUUUUGUUAAUUUUGAACGACCAGAAAUGGCACAACAUGCAAUGAUGAAUUUAAAUGGACAUAUAUUAGAAGAUGGCAAACAGUUGUAUGUUGGUCCUUUUCAAAAAAAAUCUGAACGUCAAAAUGAUCUGCAACGAAUGCGUGAAGAAAAUCAUCAUAUACAAUCGAAUAACCUUUCUUUGUUUGUAAGUAAUUUGGAUCCUGUGAUUGAUGAACAACUACUGGAAGUCAUAUUUACUAAAUUCGGUAAAGUAACUAAAACACAUGUGAGUAUACAUAAAAUUAUGAUUAUAAUUAUACAUGUUUUAUUUGUCAUUUAUUUAAGAUUUUGA